UCAGAACAAUCAGUUGCCAUUGCAAGAAACCGAUCUCUCCUGGUAGAGAUCUCUAGUAAUUAAAUGGCGGAAGAUCCCGAAUUGGUUUCGUCGCGCUCUCAGUCUACUUCUCCCUUUCCUUCUCCUCCUUCAUCGUCGUCUUCUUCUGCUGCUACUACCCAGGAAUCUACCUCUGAAGACAUUCUCCCGCAAUCUCAGGUUCCACUAUUCUCCAGUUUUCCAGCUUGCCAAAAUGGUGUUUUUCCGAUGUUCCCAGUCAUGUACCCCGCUCUUAUUCCAGGCUUAAAUACCUUACAAAAUCAGGAACAGAUUAAUCGUGGAGCUGGCAUUUAUGCCGUUCCUACUUUCCCAUAUAUGGGGCCUGUUUCUGGACUUCCAUCUAACGCUCUUAUUCCCCUUACCUACAAUAUACCAACUAGACACAGUUCUGAGGCUGGGGUUGGGGCUGUGGGUGAAGAACAGGGGGAAGCAGGGCAACAGCCUGCACCUCAAAGACAAGUCGUUGUAAGGAGAUUUCAAAUUGCUUUUCAGCUUGAUUUGUUGCUUAUUCUAAAGCUGGCAGCAGUAAUCUUUUUGUUCAACCAAGAUGGAUCAAGACACAGGCUCAUUGUUCUUGUGUUUUUUGCUUCACUUGUCUACCUAUACCAAACUGGAGCUCUGACUCCAAUAAUACGGUGGCUGUCACAAGGCAUGCAGAGAGCAGCUGUGCCUCACCAUCCACCAAGGCCUGCUGUCAGGGCUGAUAAUGUUCCGGCUGCUGCAAGACAGGGAGUUGAGAAUGCUGCUGUAGUAGGUAGUUUACAUAUUAUUCUCUGCUAGAAAGAAAUAGCAUGUACACGUAGAUAUUUAAAACACAAGUGGGGCUGCAAUCAACCUGAGUGGCUGAACUUCUGGUUGAUCAGGUUGGCUCUGUCAAAAGGGACACAGCUUGAGCUCGUCUGGACCUCAAAGCAAGCCAUACAACUUCAGAUGAUUCAGAAGUUGCUUGGUGUUGGCUCUAUUUUGAAUGAGCCUGAACUUUGGUCUCCAGAUCAGGCACUAGCAAACAAACUAGCAGAGUUGAGUUGAGGUUGGUUCAUUGCAGCCUUAAUAUCAGGAAUAAUCUUGAUUUUUUUCUAAGAUGUCUUGAACCGUAGUUGGGCCUCAAGCCUCCCGUGAGCAACUUACCUUUGUAAAUGUGUCACGUACAUACACAUAUGUACUAAAACGUAUUUGUCCUUC